AUGAAGCUGACUCGAUACUUUCGACAAGAAGACAUUCCUGACGUUUCGCUGAAUCUGAUGCAGCAGGAGAGAACUGAGCACAUGAAAAUCGACACCGAUUCAUUAACGGUUUGACCUUUUUCAUCCGAAAAAUGAAAAAAGUCCUUUUCUGAGAGCUUCGAGAGCGAUUAAGGAACUUUUGUAAGAACGAAUCGAAAUUACUCAAUUUUAGUUUUCUUCCAGAUAUAUUUCGAGAAAGUUUCAAGACAACAUUACUUUCGCCAAUUGACCCAAAUUCAGUCGAAUUUUGAUCAAUUGAUCAAUUUUUGGAGAUGAUUUUUUUUUUCGAUUUUUCGAUAUUUUAGUUUUUGAAUUAGGUGGGUAAAUCAGCAAAACACUGAAGAAGCUCUAAUUUCACACUUUUCCUUCUCUCUCAUAGGCCAAUUAAGCCAUUCAAGGAAAAUUCGUGUUGAAGUACGUUAAUUUGCUCCGCUCCGUGUUGUUUUCAUCUGAAAUCUCCUGUUCUAUGCUCCAUUUCUAUGUUCAGCAGUUGAAAAAUUGAGAAUCUUGAAAAUUCUCGAAAAUUUUAGCGUUUUUUUUUUCGAACGAAACAGCUGGCUCUUUUUUUUAAUAAACUAAAUGAGUAGAAAAUCAAAAAUCGUUUCAUUUUGCAGACGAAUUUAGAUGAAAGAUUGUUAUAUUCUUUUGGUUUGGCUUCAGAGAUUAAGCUUUCGAUUGGAAAAAAAGCACAAAAUAACCAUUAGGUUAGGGAUUCUGCUAUUUUUCAAUAACGUUCUUAACAUUAACGAAGAUCAGAUAGAAAAAAAGAAAAAAAAAUUUCUCAAAUCAUUAUUCAUAUCCUCUUUCCUCAAAAAAACUUCUCCAGUUGAGUAAAUAUUCCCAGAAGUUUCUCAGACCUGAACUCUUGCAGGAAUCGCUCUCGCGUGAGCUUUUCAAUUCGGAAAUCGCGAUAAAUCACCCAGUCUCCUGUUUGAGGUAUACAUUUUUCUUGUUUUUUUACGACUUUUCUUUUUUUUCUGGUUGGGAAGCUUCAAGUUGAAAGUUGGAGAUGGAAAAUUUGAGAAAAAGAAAAAAAGAAAUGGCGAAUUUUGUAUUUAUAUAUUUAUCUCUUACUAGAAAGAUCUCUCACAAUCCCAAAAAUCAAAGACUUGUAAUUUUAUCAGUUUUAGCAUUGAAAAAAAAAUCCAGAAAGUUUUUUUAAUCCUCAAUAAAAUUUCAUAGCUCAUCCAUUAAAAACAUGAAACAAUUUUUUGAGCGAAUUCCAAAGUUUAAAGGCCUUUUCAUGGCUUUUCUUCAUCAUAAAAAGGGCAUGUCAGAAAAUCUGCAAAAUCUGCAAAAAAGACCCCUCAUAGCGUUGUUUUUGGCUAACAAUGAUUGACAGCAGAUUGUAUAAUGAUGAAUGACCUCUCCCUCCAAAUUUUAGCGGAGUUUUUCAAAACUUCCUUGACUCUAAAGUCUUUUUUUGAUUAUGCAAUUUUCCACUCCUAAGCCGCGAAACCUCCAAGUCGGCGAAAAAAAAGGAAAAGCUUGAGCGACGAGGCGAAAACGAGUUGUUUCCGCAAACGCGACCGGCUAUUUUUGGAUGAAAAACGUGAAACUUUUACAAAACGGCGGAGAGGCCAUUUUAAUGGGUUUUUCUGAAUUUUAUCGGUUUUGUGAGAAAAAAAAAAUUUAUUAGAAACUUUUAAGGCUAAAAAAUCUUUUCAAAAAUAUUUCAAAUUCAACUGGUUUCUAUUGAACUCUUCAGAAGAUUUGGAUGUCUUUUUCAUGUGAACUCUAAUGAAUAUUUACAUAGCAACUCUUUUCAAUAAAAUUAGAAGAUGCAACCGAAAGCUAAACUAAUACUGAUUCUCAUUAGAAAAAAAUUUUCCUGAAAAGUGACUCCUCGAAACUUUUGGAUAGUUAGAGCGGCUAUUUCCGGCGUGCGACAGGGCGAUGUUGCCGCCGAAAGAAGGGCCUUCCUCAUGGCCAGAUAUGGACAAACAAAACAAAUGCAUAUGCCGUGUAAACACACGCCGCGUAAUACACGCUCUGCCGCGCAAAUCGUCUCCGUUUUCCACGCACUUGAUUUGGCCCUUUUUGUUCGCCUUUUCGAGUGGUUUUUGAGUUGAAAAAAAGUCGAACGGUGUCAGAUUUUCCAAACUUUUGAGUUUUCUGUAGAGAUUUUUGGAUUUUUUCAAUUUUAAAGUAAGACUUAAGCGUCAAGAUUGAACUUAUUUUGAUGUGAAGAGAGUUAUUUUUAAAUUAAAUCUCAUGAUUUUAAUAAAAUUCUCCUUUUUUUUCGUUAUCGAUGUAGUUAUUUUGUAUCAGUGCGCAUUCUAAUUUUUAAUUUUUGAGAUUUCAUUCUAUAAAAGUUCAAAUUCAAAAAAUUUCCUAUUAGGAUCACUUGGAGAUUUUUUAAAUACUUUCGGGGGCUUUAACAGUUUUUUCUAGAAAACCUAGCUUUCACUCAUAAUUCUUUUCCUUCUUUUGCAAAAGCUUAUAAAUUUUCACUCUCAGUUCGCACUUUUGUUUUUCGUCCCCUUAUUAGCCUUUCAAAUUACCUUUGUGAUUUGUAUUUUGACACUGACGGCUUUGUUUUCCUCGGUCGUCCACUUUUUUUUUUGUUCAUAUUCGAAUCCCCAGCUGCCGAUUUCGCUUCUUUUUUUUUCGUUGGCGUCCCUCUGGGCGAUUAUUCUGGCUCGGAAAUUGCUCGCGCUUUUCACGUCUUUGUAAUCUUUCCCCGUUUUUUUUUUUUGCUUUUUUUCUCCCUCUCUCUCUCACGCAAAUCUCUCUUCCGAGGUGAAAUGUUGCGGUCUUUUAGGGAAUUCAAUACUUGUUUUGUUUUCUUUUUCUGAAGUCCUCCCAUUCAUAAGAAGCUUCAAUAGGAACAAAAGAAGUGUGCGUGUUUUGCGUCUUGGAGAAGAGUAUGUGAUGAAUAGAAGAAUAGACGCCGACAAAAGAGCAGUCAUUUGGAAUCGUUUCGGAAGAAAUUUUGGAAAAAGAGGAUUAUAAGAUCAUUAUGACGAUUUUUUUUCUAUUUAUACUCCCAAUUAGGUUUUGUAAAGUUUUUUUAAAAGUCACUCAGGAGAAAUCAAAUGGAAAUUUCUUCAAAUUCGUUUUUUUUUUGUAGAGAAAUAUUAUAGAAUAGUAAUAUUUUUAACAAAAGAGCAAUAUAGCUUGUGUAGAAUGUAGGUUAAAGGUCUCUGUAAUAAUUUUUUUUUCACAAGAUUGAGGUGAAUGAAGUGUAGUCAGAACUUAAAAAAAAAUGUAAAAGUCAAAUGUCAAAAAUCAUUUUGCAAACUCUUCCCGUCCCGUCACGCACCCUGAGAGACGUCAAAAUUCGAAGAAGAUAAAAAAAAAGGAAUAGGUCUUUGAAAUUGGGGGGAAAAAAAGUCGCGUGAGUGAAAAUGUUUGGACGUCGGCCAGAAUAGAAAGGAAAUAAAGAGGGAAAGAGAGAGAGGGAGGGAGAGAAGAUGAGAGAGAAAGUGAGAAGUGUUGUCGAGUGAGACAUUGGCAACUAGCCAGACCCGAUGAGAAUUGCAAGGAAAGAGGGAGGAGGUCGACCCGCCACCGCUCGAUGCAGCGGUCGGUCUCGUCUUGCUCAUACUCCUACUCCUGCUGCUGCCACCACGGCUUCUUUUUUGUUUGUCUCCUCCUCUUCCUGAAUUGUUUCUUGUCUUGUCAAGUUCAUAAUUCGAUUUUUCUUCUUUUAGCGAAGUUUUGACUUUUUUAGAUUCAUUUUGCUUUUUCUAGUGACUAACAUCUAAUUUUUUCAAAUUUUUUCAAAUUUUGAACGAAAAAAUGUGACAUUUUUACCUCAGGAUCAGUGAAUUAAGUUCAAGUCCUUGAACUAAGCUCCUAUAUGACCCUUUUUGAGAGCUUCUUACAAAUUCGCUGUUUUUUUUCCAAAUUAGGAUUGAUUUUUUUUUUUUGCGAACUCAGCAUUAGCUUGACUUUGAAUUGACUUUACAUAUAUAUUAUAUUCAAUCUUUGGUACUUUCAUCAGUAUUUCGUUUGUUUUAAUGCUUUUCUGCUCAUUUUUUGAGGUUUCAUUAGAUUGUUUUCAUGAUUUUUCAGUUGGAAAGUUUGAAGCUCUUUUUUUCUCAUUUUUUGUGUUUUUCCAUGUUUUGAAUAAUGUUUCACCUGUAAUUAGCCGCCUUAUAAUAUCAUUUUUUCAUGGUUUCAAAAAAAUUUAGUUACAAUUUUUUAUAAUGAACCAAAAGUAUUUUUUUCCCUUUUUUUUAUUAUUAACUCACUUUGAACGAAAAUCGGUUUCUCUUUAUUUGUUUUUUUCUACGCUCAAAGAGAGAAAGAAUCAGAAUUUCAAAAAAUGUCACUUUUUCCAAACCAGAAUCGAAACUUAGCUAUUCAAAAAAAAAAAAAUGAUCCGGACAUAAUCUUCAGAGUAGAACAACCUGUGAACCUCGAAAAGCCGCUUUUUCCGAUUAAUCCUUUCAACUUCUCUCUUUCUCUCUCUGCCUCUCUCUGCCUCUCUCUUUCUGCUCAUUAAGAUAUUAUCGUUUUGCGUCACGUUUUUUUUUCUUUUUCAAACAUCUGUCCACCUUUUUCUUUCCUACAUUUUUGAGCGAGUGCUCAAUUUUUUCUGGACUUUCAAGAAAAGAAGAAAAUUUUUAGAAUUACAAAUAUUCUAUUUAUCAGACUUGUUUAUGAAGCAAAAAUCACGCUUUUCCAUAGUUUUUUUUUUCAUUUCUGUAUGAAUAUUACUCCUUGAAAGCUUGAAAUUUCCGGUAUUCCAUUGAAAAUUGGCCACGAGUCGUCUCGGAUUUCGUGUGUCGUAGGAGUUGGAGUAGGAAAAUAGCCGUUAGAGGGAGAUCUCCAUUGUUCCUUCCGUGCGGCUUGUUGUUGCAAGUGUAAUGGGACACACAAACAGACAUACGCCGAAAUGCACACUUCUCACAGGUCUCUUUCACAAAUUCGCUACUUCUUCUCCUCUCGGAGUCGAAUCGAAAAGAGGACGAAAGACGGCAAGCGCAUGGAAAUAAAUCAAAUCGCGGCGUGUGUCUGUGUUGCUUUUUCGACCCACCCACAAACUUGAACUUUGUCGGAUGGAAUUUUGAGAGUCGAAGGCAUAAAUAGCCGCCAUUUUCGAAUAAUUCAAGACCGGCCUUGUCGAUUGAAAAAGUUUGAAAAAUGAAUGAACGAAGAAAUAGCCGCUUAAUGUAUUUAAAAUACGCUCCAUGGAUAAUUUAGACUUUUCUAUUUUCCAUACGCUUUCUUUUUCAAAUUUCUGGAACCGUAAUUGAGCCGUAAAUGCAUUAUUUCUCUUUGGCUAAUUCAAAAAUUACUCUUCAAUUCAUAAACGGCAAUGAUAGAUCUAUAAAAAAGUUCCAAGCGAACAAAAAACUACGAAAUGCCCUUGAAGUGUUUUUUUUGGCUACGAUUCGGUAAAUAAGCCUGUUUUCCUCCUCGCAAUGGCUACGUUCACGUGUCCGUCCACUUGAAUGGAUUUCGAAAUACGCCUUUUGGACUCCUUUUUUCUCACUUUUUUUUUUGUUCAAAGGGUUAAUUUUCUCGUAAAGAGCGUUAAUAAUAUGCAAUUUCCGCUUAUUCAUGUAAUGAUCGCUUUCAGCAAAGUAUAGGAGAGAAAGAUGAUCAAAAUAUCUUUUUGAAGUUUGCAACCAAGUCGCAUUCAAUCAUUGGUAGUUUUCCACGAGUUCUUCUUCUUAUCACUCUCUCUCUUUUCUUAUCAACACCAAAAAAGCGAUCGUUUUUUGAUCGUUCAUCAAAAUAUUCCCAUGAAUGAAAGACUCAAAUUUUGAAGAAGAGAAGAAUUUGUCACGCAAUUUCCUUCGUUUGACAAGAAGCUUCCCGUCCCAAAGAAAAAAAAAGAAGUAAUUGAAUUUCCCUAAACGAAUCCCAUUCUUUUUCUCCCUUCCCUUCUCUUUUCCAUGUUUUUUUUUUCGUCUUGCUGAAAAAAUCACCGUUUUUACUCUUUGCGCUUUAUGUUUACAACAUAACUGGGAAAGACUCGGAUUUCAACCUGAUUGUUUAUUUCUUGCAUUGGAUUAUGUUACAUAAGCUUUUUUUUCUUGCUGAACCUGGAGCUUUUCCAAAAAUGUUGUUUUUUGAGCAAAUUUGGACUUCCCCAUUCAUUGAGAGCACUUUAAGAAAUAUGAUGGCUUUUUGGGACAACAUAAGUUUUGAAAAUUCUGUUUUUCGCGGAAAAAUCUCGUUAAAAAGCUCUGCAAAAGAUUUUUUUCAGCUUCAUUUUUGCACCAUUUAUGGAGAUAUAAUGAAAGUUUUCACGGUUUUUCGAAAUUUUUAAUGAUUUAUAGAGUUGAAUUGAAGUAUGAACAGUAAUUAUUUGUUCUAUUAGGAAAACUUGAGAGAAAAUAUAUAGGAAUUAUAUAGGUUUUUUCAUAAAAUAUCUAGUCUGAAUGCUUCCCAACUUUCAACAUUUUUCAAAAUCUAUUUUCGGAUCCUAUAGUUGCUUGAAAUGAGGUUAUUUUUUGCAAUUGCAGAGGAAAGUGCUCGAUCAAUUACGUGAAGGACGUGAAGACGUUGCCGACGAUCGGCGACUUCACGCUCGACAACAACAACUUCUUCUGGAGCCUCAACUUCAUCCAAGAAUCCUCGAGGCUGGCGGCGUUGCAGGGCGAAAUCCGCGUCGGCGCCUCUUAUCAGGUACACACAUUUUAUGCAUUUUUCUCUUUUUGUCAAGAAUUCUGAUUUUUUGUUGAACUGUUGUUUGAACUCUUUAUUUUGUCGGCAAGUCUUUUGAAGAAAAGUUUGUUUUUUGACCUAGGUCAUUCAUUGAUUUUUGAACAUCUUUCAAAAUUGCGCCAAAAAUUGAGUCUUUUUGUUGAGUUUUCAUGUCUUCUUUCUUUAAUUUAAAGUAGAUCUGUAUGUUUUUUCAAUUAUUUUUCAUCGUUUCUCUUUUUCCCACUUUUUUGAACUCAUUUUGAAGAAAUGUUCGUGGAAGUAGAAUUUAUACGGAAAAUUUUCUUACUAGAACGAUUUGCAUCUGUUUUUGGAAGAUGAGCAUUUGUGCGAUUUAAAAAAAUAGCUUCAUCUUUAUUUAUUCUUGCAAUUUUUUUCUCUUAACUUCAAUUUUAAAAUAGAUUUCUCACGAAAAAAACAAUUUUUUUAUUUAAUUCAGAAGAAGAGCCAUUCUCAGAGACUAAUUAAACUUCAAUUAGGUUGUAAUUUCCAUUUGCGAAACGGAAAUUUGUAGAUAAUUGAACUAAUUUUUCAAGAUCUUAAUGAGAGUAUGGGAAAGAACUUAAUGAGAGUAUCGUUCGAUUUUUUUUUUUUUGAACUUAUGAUAUUUUCGCGAAAAAGCUGCUGUAAGGAAUAUGCAAAGUCGUUUCGAUUUUUUUUUAAAUUCUACUAAAAGCGACUCAUUCUAAAUUUUGGAAGUUCUCUGAUCUCUCCGCGGGCCAAUGGCCUCCCUCGGUGCAUAAUUGCGCCAACCGCCGGCCGACAGAAAAACCCUUUUGACGAUUGGAUUAGGUUGGCGAAUGUGUGGCGGUGGUGGUGGAGCAGGCAAUUUGAAGGCCGCCGAAAGAGAGGGUCAAUAUUAAUCGCUCAACGUAAUUAUGCAACAUUUCGAACAGAAAAAAACAGCGGUUUUCGAGAGUUUCGGUCUUUUUGAACGCGAUUUUUGAGGGCGCGGGAAAGUCAAAUUUGAUAUAGAAAAAAAAGAGAAUAUUCCAAUUUUUGCAUUUGAAUACAAUUAGGAAGUGUAAUUCUUGAAAUAAGCUCUUUUUCAAACGCAAUAAAGUUCAUAUCGCCGAGAAAAAGAGUUUAUCUUCCUUAUCCCAAAUGAUCCCCUUGAGAAACGAUGAGAACGUUGCUUUUUUCCUUCCGAUUGACGGCGUUGUAACAUAUUUUUUUCUUCUCAAAAGUACCAUGUGUUUUUUUUUGGGUUUUUGUCGGUGGCUCUGGGUGGCUCGCCGUCCAAUAAAUCGUCGACACGACAAGUGCGUUUCGUCGAAAACCUUCAAGAUUGAUUGGCCUCUUUCUUUUUUUUUUGUUUUGAGAAGAAAACGUUUGAAAAAUUUCCGAGUAACGAAUCAAACCUAGUAGUGCACGAUACUCCAAAAGUGAAGAUAAUUUUUCGCGUUGCGCAGUUUGAAUAGAUUUGCAAUGCGAUAAAGCGAAAGUGAGAAGUUUCGAGACGAAUGUGACUAUUUUUACUUUGCCGAAAAAAAUGACAUUUUCUGUCUCUUUGGAAUGUUUUGAACCAAGAAGACGCUGUGGAGUUUGUUUGAGCAAGGUCCUAGGGGAAAUUCGAUCUCUUUUCCUAUUUUAUUACGCCAAGCCAUAUGGCGUCUCAGAAUUUUGAUUUGAGAGUUUAAAAACAGAUGAAAAGGCGUUUUCUUCUUCUUUUUAUGACACAUUCAAAGCUUGCCGACCCCGAUUUUGUGGUUGAAGACCAAAAAUCAAGUUGAUUUUUUGAUUGAAGUAGACCAGGAAGCUUAUUGAUCGCUGAUUUUUCCAGGCGAAACUGCCUCCAGAGGCGCGACACACGAUCGGCGAUGAGCCGGACCGCGACGAGCUCGUCUAUCGGCCCGACAACAUCGAUCCAGAAAUCGAAGACACCUACGUUCGAUUGGCGCGCACUUUCCGCAUCUACACGAUGACCGGCGUCCAGAUGCUCGACUCGCAGAAGAAUGCGCGGGUGAAUCGAUUUUCUAUGGUCCCUUUUGUUUGGCUUUCCGACCGAAUCGUUUGAAAAUUGUACGCUCCAUUGGCAAAUUUUGGAGUAAAAAGGUUUUGAAUGCGAAAAAUGACAAAGACGGCGUUCAAAUGAUCACGCAAUAAAACGAAAUGGAUUCAAGUGGCCACUAGAGAGUACUCAAAAAAGUUUGAAACUGUUCUUGAUUUUACACGCAUGAUUUGAUAACGGCAAAAAGUCAUCAAUUGUGUAAAAUCGAAAAUAAAGUACAGUGGAGCGUACAUUUCAAAACAGGCUAUUCUGUAUCCUCUAACAUGGAAUAGAUAAUUUUUUUAUACUUAUCUUCCAAAAAUGGAUAUUUUUUGAUCUAUUCCAUGUGUGUAUGUACUUGUCUGUCUGUCUCUGUCGUAGAAUAGAUAUAGUUCAUUCACAAUCGUUUAUUGGGCUCUUCAAAGGAACUUGAGUGGAUCGUCGCAAAAAUCAAGCUUUUAUUAAAUAUUUCAUAAAAAAAACUGACGGCUCCCCCGAGCUCCUUUAAACGCCCUGGUAAAUUUUUGUGAUUGAACUAAAAUUUCUGUACGAAGCUGAUUGCCGUUCAGUCUGAUGUCAAAUUUAGAAGCGUUUGCAGGUGAGCGAUCUGCUGCUCGACGAGGCGAUCGCCCAGCUCCACCGCAGCGGCUACAAAAUGGACGCGGCUCUCGUCGACAUGGCCGCCAACGACCUUCUCCUGGCCGCCGACGUCGACUACAUGACCGUCGACGACGCCAAGGUUCCUUUUUUGGAACUUGAACGUGUUUGGAGGGCAAGAGAAUAUUCUCUAGUGAAAACUAAGAAAAAAAACGACCAGAGAUUCUUCCUUUUAGUUUACAAAGACCAAGCUUCAUCGUGACAUUUUCCAGAAGUUCGCCAAGGGCAUCAAGACGUUCGGAAAAAACUUCACGCGGAUACAACGCGAACUGCUUCCCCACCACAGCCGGGUUCGUUUCCCCUUUCCUUCCUGAUUUGUUGCGAUUCCCUUUCGGAGAACAUUAUUCACCAGCCGCCACUGAACAUUGUUCCAAUUACUCGAUUGGAUUAGUGGAUUACCGUCUUGCCCAGUUAAUUGUUCUAAUUGCGCGGCGGCGUUGAUUUGAUUAGUUGCAAAUCUGUUUAGCCUUACUCGCCCUUUUGACAAUUUUAAUUCAUUUUUUUUUUGACUAAAGCUACAAGUAAAAAGCGAAAAUCCCAAGAGAAAAAAAUACGUUUAUGAUUCAUCGUUUCCUGUCAUUCUUUAUCCCGUAGCGAUUGUUCAAAACGCAGAAAAAAUUUAGAAAAAUUCGAUAAUUUUUCAAACUAGACUGUUGAAAUCAGAAAACUGAGCUUUGACUCUGAGCUGAAGCGACUUUCUGGAUUUUAUGAGAAAACUUGAAAAAAAUAUUUUUUCCGAAAAUUUGAUGCGUUUUACCGUGAAUCUUUUCCAUGUUCUUUAUGUUUCUAAUCAAAAAACACGGCUUACGAGGAUCGGAAAUUCACCCCCCUGAAAAUCAAAUAUUUGUCUUUGGCUCAAUCCAUUCUAACACGUCUCUCGUGUUCUCGAUUCGUUUUUUUCCCCCCCCUUUAUUUCUCAUUUUUCCCCCCGUCUUCAGCCCACCUAGAAUCAAACACGCCAAAAGAGCCAAUGUUGACUCAAGUCGAGCCAAACGCAAAUAGUAGCUUUUGAUUGAGGGAAAAAAGACGUGUAUGCGAAAAAGUGUUCAGUCUUUUUGGCAACGACACCAAGGGAUGAAUAAACAAACGUUUACUAAUUCAGUUUUUUUUGCUAGUAAUGAAAUUCGAUUUGAGGGAGGAUUGGCCCAGAUUUUAAAAGUUUUGUAGAUCAAGCUUUAGUACAGAGAAAUUUGAGAGUCAUGGGAAUAAUUGCAAAAGGCGUCUUUUUAAGAAUGAAUUUUAAAAAAAUGAUUGAUAAAUAUUCUUAAGUAAUCACUUUCCAGGAACAACUGGUCGCGUACUAUUACCUGUGGAAAAAGACGCCCGAGGCUACCAAACCCAAGGCAAUGUCGCGCCAACGAAAUCAAGCCGCCUCCAUCAAGCGAGCCAACAAAAACGAUAAAACCAAGGUUUUUUUUGCGACGAUUUCGUUCGAAAGUUUCAAGUCGGGGGUUUUUCAAGGUUUCGCGGCCUGCUUCAACCGAAUAUCUCGAUUUCGAAUCGGCCAGCGAAAGUGACGUGGAGAACAAUGGCCCCUCUGGUCGCGCAUGCCAUCAUUGCUUCGGAACCAGUGAGUUUUUCGGGGAGAUCUGUAAAGUGCGAACGCUUUGGCCUGAUGGUAAUACUACUUUUUUGUUAAGUUAGCCGUUUUGUGGGUUUCAAACUGAAUUUCAACAUAAUUUUUUCCUGUUUUUUCAAUUUUAUAGCACAUAGAAGUAAUCAUAGAAGAUGCUCUUUGAUUUUCUCAAAUUUUUCAUUUCCAAAAAACGAGCUGAAUUCUGCAAAUCAUCGCGCUUCGAUGCUUCUUGUUUUCCUAGGAAUUUCGAUGACUAAGUAAUUUCAUAAUCUUUUUUUCUGUAAUUAAUUUACUAAUAAGAUGCAAAAAAAAAAUAAUCAGCAACGAAGCGGGAAGAGUUAGUCAUGAAAUUUGCACACAACAAAGUUAGAAAAGACCGAAAAUCGACUUUUUUUUGACUUUAACUUCUGACGAAUGGCACCCUCUUCACGUGUCUGACACAUAAUAUUAGGAAACAAGUGCCCAAAAUGAGGAUUUUUGUGCAAACACGGCUCGCAAACAGAAGGCUAGAAAAAAAACGGAAGAGGGGAGAAAAUCGCGUCGCCAAACCACUUCUCGAGCCACGCGACCCCUCGAACAAUUGUGUGUGUAGUUGAAGACGUUUUCAUGUGUUGCAGAGAGCAAAGACUGGCACCACGCCAACGGGAUGCUGCUCUGCACCAACUGCCGGCUCCACUACAAGAAGUACGGUCAGCUGCGGCCUGUACCCGACCGGCCGACUACCGUGCCCCCGUGUCUCUUCAAAAGAAGUCCUUCUGGCGAGGACGACGACCAUGGCGUCCGCACGCGUGCUGGCAAGAAGGAGCAGCGUCGCAGGUAUCCUUUUUUCCCUUCUAUCAUGGUCGCAUUUGAAAUGGUUUAACGAGUUAUAUUUUUCUUUUUUUCUCUGCUGGAUUCAUUUUAGUAGGAAGUUUGGUAUUUUCAGAAGUUCUGACGUUUCUUCAAAAGUUCACAUUUCAAAAAAAAAAAUAGAAGAUCUAGCAAUUAUAAGAAAGCCUAAUCUUGGCCUUUUCUUUGAGCAAGUUUUCAGAAAAUUCCAAACUUCACACCAUUUCCUUGUCGUUUAACUGACAGAAUUCACUUUGAGCUCUUUUUUUAUCUAAAUCAUCUUCUUGCUGCCACCGUAUUCUAAUCUCUUUUUUCCUGUUUGAAACGUUUAAGUUGAUUGAUAAGGUUUAUAUCAAUUGGGUUGGUCCUUUAAUAGGCUCUUCGAGGAAGUAAUCUCCUAAACGAUAGAUAGAGACAGAGACAAAGGCGGCGUUGCCACGGCUAAUCGCUUAAUAGACCGUGGCAAUGUACGGAGGCGCGCAAUCUGCUGACGAGAGGGGUGUCAUCGCCGUGGAGCAACAAUUAAUGGCUGUCUCUGUGACUGGCGUUUGACUGAUGGCCGGACAUUGCACUCGAUCCUGGCUCCGCGUUCUUCUUCUUCGUCUCAUUCUCCUCAUUUUCCAUCCUCCGAGGUGUUCGCUCUCGGCUUUACACACAGCGAUUUGUUGCAAAGUUUAGAAAUAGAGGGAUAUUUUUAAUAUUUCAAAACCUUCUUCUCAGACAUAAAAAGAUACAAAAAAACGAAUUUCAGUAUUUUCUGAAAUCUUUUGAUACGCUACAAAAAGCCUGAAAAAAAUGUUUUUUUCCAGAAUUCACUUUUUUUCUUGACCUUUUUUUCUAUUGGCUGAGACUUUUUAGACGUUUUUUUGUUAGAAAAUCAAAAGUUUUUUUUUCUCUCAGGAUCUUGACAACAUCAUUAAAAAAGUGUUUUCGAAAACUUUUUCAAAAAAAUUUGGAAUGACCUCAUCGUUAGGAAAGUAUUUUUUUAGGGUCUUUAAAUUUUUUUCAUACUUAAAAUUUUUCAAUUUGACAUUUUAUGAACUAACUUCUUCAAUGAAAACGGUCGCGAAACGUAAUCUUCAAAAAAACUCACCCUAUACCAGUGUUGCACGAAAGAUACACACAAAUAGGAUAAUUAUCUCUCUGUCGAGCUUUUGACAUAUUUUAUGACUCAAUUAUUCAAUUUCGAUGGGGUCACUCCGAUUAAUAAAGGCAUAAUGAGAAGAAUAAGCGGCGAAUUUUUCUAUGCCGAGAAACCAAAAAACAGAAGAGUUUGAACUUAAAAAAAAAUUUGUACUGCUUGAACAUGCCUCUGAAACUUUGGUGCACGUCAGCUUUACACAAAAAAGCAGGCAAGAAGGAGACGCGCGACCUUUGGGUGCAGUAGUGGCGCCCCUGCUGAGAGCCGAGCAUUCGUUCCUUCCGUCUCCUCCUCCUUGAUCUCAUCUCUCAGCGCAGACACACACACACACACAAGCCGUCUUUUCGCGGUUUUUUUCGCCGUGUCCAACCGGCCGACCAUUUCUCUUCGGAACGUCUUUUUCGGGUGCAUGUGACUCGUUGGACCUCUUUUUUUCCCUCUUUACCUCAUGAAACCUUGUCGACAGUUCUUUCGUCCUUCACCAUUCUUCUCUUCCUCCUCCUUUUUUUUCGUCGUUUCAUCUUCUUCUAUAGCUCGAUCGAUAGUGCGCCGGCAUGACCUCUUCUCUCCGCCCAACGCUGGUUGAAGAACAAAAAAAAAAGAAAACAGGAAAGGCCGUUUGGUCUGUGUUGGUACGAUUCUCUCUGAACACUCUUUUUUUCCAUGUUCUACAAAGCUAGACAAAUAUUUGUAGCUUCUUGAUCUUGUCGAUUGUAUCUUUGGACAAAGUUUUUUUUUUCGGAAUGCAAAGUCUUCUCGCUCUCGCAAUGUCGACGAUGUUUGCCGGUGUCCCCGUCUUUUGACUGAUUGCCUUUGAUAAAAACGUUUUGAUAACGUGUGUCAUGUGACCGACACACGGCAAAACUGACCUAACAGCCACGCAAUCCACAUUUUUUUGUUGUAUUCCUCGGGUUGGCCGUUUUGCUUUGCUCAACGGCUUAGACGUUGGAUUUGCGACGAUAAGCCUGUAAGCGUAUAAUUCCGGCUAAGCACAUCUUUAAGUCUUUUAGAUGGGCUGCUAUUAGCCAAAGAGGAAAAAAAGACGCGGAGGAGCUUGUCAGCGAUACUACCCCACACAAAUGAGGGCUUUGCUCAAGUGUUUCACAGAAUCCCUUCUCAAAUCCCAAUUUCUGAACUUUUUUUGUCGUAUUAGAAAUCCUUUUUCAGCUGUCCAUAAUCUAAGGAUUUUAGUUCAGCUGGCUGUGAAAAAGGAAGUGAGCGAUGAAGAGCCUCAAUUUUAUACACCCCACACGUUUUCGCGUUUAUUGUGGCUUUUGUGGCCUCAUAACCAUAAAUACGCGCAAUUUCGGCCAGUAAAAAGAAAAAAGGUGUCGUUCCGAUUCGUCAUGUGUCCCCGUCACAGCUGGCCGUGUGUUCACAAUGUUUUUCCUCUCCGUUUCAUCGAUUAAAAUUGACUUUGAGGCCUCGAAAGAACGAACAGUGUGCACUUUCGCCUCUUUCCGAUAAAUAACCGUGUAAAUUCUCUUUUUUCGAUGAUGACUUUAUUCCCCAGGAACGCCUAUGAUGCGAGUAGGGCUUAGUCAAAUUUAUUCCAUCCUUCUCUCCGUAUUUGAAGUCCAGAAAUCAUUUUUUGGCCUUUUUUGUGCAAACAGUCUACAUUUCUUAUCAAUGGACGCGUUUUUCUAGAAACGCCUAUAAAGACGUAACGAAAUACCCUCCAGAAGUGCUGCGUUUGCCUCCUUUUUGGCGUUUUUAUCUUAUCAGUUAAGAACGCGCUUAUAUUGGCUUAUCGUCUUAGCAGAGUUGCUCGUUCGCUCUUAAUGCCCCGUCAUUCAGCCAAAAAAAGUGGGAGAAAGUAUAGGAAAAUGUUGCGUUUUUAGUUCUUCUCCUCCUCUUUCAUUUUUACGAUCCAAGCGGAAAAAUGAUAGGCGAUGGUCGUAAAGUCGGCCUGAUGAUAAUGGGGACUCGCCGCCGACUCUCGCAAUUAAUUACCUGACAGCCUCUUGGUUUUUUUUCCUCCUUCUCUAUUUCAUUGUAAUGGAAGCUGUUCGCUCGGCGGAUUUUGUAGGUCUUCUCCAGUGAUCCUCGGCUUCGGUCGGUUGUUUGUUGAGAAAUGAAUGUUGCAGCGAGAAUUGGGACAGUCCAACGGGGGUUCGUUCGACCGUGAAAAUGUUGAUUUGGAUGAUAGCGUUUGGUUGAAGCAUCAAUCUCAUCUUCUCUCUUUUCUUAUCAUCCUAUCAGAUUUGACAUAUAUAUUUUGGCAGUGUCGGCGAUGAGAACAAGAAGAAUAAUCUCUCGUCAGAAAUUUCAUCUCAUCUCUUUUUCCUUCCUUUUUUUUUGAAACUUUUGAUGGAUCGUUGGCGGCCCAUCUCCUUCCAUUUUUUUUUGACGUUGGUGGGCGCGAUUCAUCAUUGUGGAAAAUUGUCUCUUCUUUAUAUUUUUGUCUGAUGUUACAACGGAAUCGGUGGCUACACUUCCUCUCGACGUCGUUUCUUUGAUUCGCUGAUAUUUUCUCCGCGUUAGGUUGAAUUUCUCAUAUAUAAAGUGGCUUGAAGAGGCGGUCUUAGUUGUUCUAACUCGAACAGUAGCAACUAUUUUAGUUCUUUCUCAGUUUCAGUCACGUUUCCUGAAUAGUUUUCCGCCUAUCAUUCAAAGCGGCCUCCUAAACCGUAGAGCUCAGCUCGUUCCAUGGUCGGGGUCUUCUCUGUGUGAAUCUGGUGCCGAAAACAUGAAAGGAAUAUCUUUUUGUUUGCUACUGUAUAACGCGGUUUGCACAGAGUGUCCGUUUUUGGAGUUGAUAUUUAGAGUACGCACAGAAGCCUUCUGGUGUUGGGUCAAUAUUGUCUUUCGACUCGACUGUCGCCCCCUCUCAACCUCACUCCAAACGAACUUUGUGUCUCGUCCUCUUUUUUUUCCUUCUCCCCUUCAACCGAUGUAUUAUUGACGAUGCCUGGCCGACUUUUUCUCAUGAAUUUCCCAUGAUUUUGCGGCUCUCUUUUUCUCACUCUUAUUCAGUGUUGGUUCUCAGUAUUGUCCAAUUUCAAAAAAAAAAAGGGACUUUCACAGAAAAAAAACUCUGAACUUAUGGCUUUUGAGUAUUUCCUCAUUUUCCUCAAACACUCAUUGCGAAAACUGUUAUUUGGGUUCCAAACCAUGUGAUUCUGUCUGCGUCGCCUUUCGUAUAUGCCUAUUUGAACCAAAUGGACGAUGUGGGUGUGAAUGAAAAUUGGCAGUGUGGAAAACGAAAUGCAUAGGCCCAUGGUAUAAUUUCCACCUUUUUCGCGCCUAAAAGCCUGUGAUUUGCCGUCUUCUCAAGCAUUUUUCAGAACUCGUUUACUCGUCUAUUCAUUUUCCCUUAUUUUGGUGUCCCAUUGAGGAACGAUUAUCGUUAUGGGGUGAGAAAAUGAAGACGGCUUCCCAAAGACUUCAAUUUAUCCUUUUUAGUCAAUAGCCUUUUUUAGCUCCUUUCUAUAUUAGUGAUUUUGGCCUUCGAAGGUUUUCUUCUAAACUGAUGAGGCUUCAUUAUUGCUUUAUAACUGCAUCAUUACAGUCUUUAAAUAUUGGAGAUUAAAGACAAGGUUUGCUAAACUUUUAUUACUCGUUUUUUCGAACACUUCUUGGAUUUUUUUUUCUAUUGAAUUCCAUCAAAUAAUUUCGAGAAAAGUUGAAGUUGAAUUCCAACAAUUUAGAUUAGAAUCGAGAAAUAGAAGGAAACGAUUCCCUAGAGACAGCAGACAAGCAACCAAUUUCUCAUCACCCUCCAAACCUCAAUCUCGAGCUCCCAAAAGAGGCUUCUCCCGUAGGUCACACUCAUACAUACAUGUACAGCCUGUUGAAAGAAUGUUUAUGGGGCAGAAAAAAAAAGCGGCGUCUUCCUUCACCACCAACUUGAUGAAUUAUUCACACAAAGCGUUGCUCUUCGCUGCGGCUUCUGAUGCUCCUCUCGCCUCUCGCCUCUUCCCUUCCUAUUCUCCCUCUGGAGUUCCUAGACUUUUUCCCUUUUAUUUAUUUCUUGACGUUGUGUGUUCCUUUUUCUAUUAUUUUCAGUAUCAACUUUUUUUUUUGACAUCUCGGCUUCUCCAAAUGCGAACUUAGAAAUUUUUCAAUUUAUCAUUUUCUCUGGCUUUUGGAGAAACCAAUUCAAACAGUUUUCGAUCUCUUUUACAUUAUGUUGAAACUAAUGUUCAUAUUUUCCAGUUGCCGAACCCCGUCUUCGAUGAGCGAAACGGACGGCUCGUCACGACGUUCACCGGCUGGCAGCAUUCACAACGGCGGCGGACUCGACGACGAAAAACUCAUCACUCCCAGCAAACGCAACCACAACAGCAAACGCAACGGGAAACGUCCGCUGACGGCUCAGUCGCAGCCGACCUCCGCACCGACGACGCCCAACGGAGCCAUGCUCAACGGACACGCCGCCACGACGCCCUCAACCCCCCUCUCCUCGCUUCCCAAGCGAUCCAGGAAAGACGACGAUGAUGACGACGAGCCGAGAAUGUACAUUGACGAAUCGGAGCCUGCCACGACGGCUGUCUCGCCAAAUCCUUCAUUGAAUGGCUUGAAGCAAGAGAACAACAUCAAGAUGGAGAAGGUCGAAGAGGAGCCGUUUAGCAAUGUCAAUGGCUACCAUAAACAUCCAAACGGCUUUAUCAAGAAAGAGGAGGUUGGUUUUGAAAUGGCUCCAUUCCAAUGAUUUAUACUUAUUUUGCAGGACUUGGAAGAUGUGAAGCCUUCUACAAGCGCUGCUUCUUCGUUGUCCAAUACAGACACGACGACUUCGCCGAACGUGACGAUGACGACGACUUCCUUCAACAGCUCCCCCACAACAUCAAAUCCGGCUACUUCUGUCGCUCCUGAAACUCCGAUCGGCAUCGCCAAGAAUGUUGGCUCAGCGCCGUCGACUUCUGCAAGUCCGAAGAACAACGUCAUCAAUUUGGAAGAUGAUGAGGACGUUGAACCGGACUCACCUAAUGACACUUGGGUUCCUGGAACAGAGGUAAUUUUGGAAAUGAUCUCUUACUGUUAACUACUCGCUUUUCUUCUCAGGUUGAAUUCCAAACGCUCAACGCGAAGUUCGUCAGGUCUAUCGUGAGAUCCUGCGGCCACCGAUGCUCCAGAACUGACCUCUCGUUCGCAUUCAAGGUAAUUUGAAAGGACCAGAAAAACCUGGGCAGGACCCGUAUGAAAACUUGUUUCCAUCAAGAGUUGAACAGAUUCAUUUCUUCUCUCAAUCUUACAAGUUUGCUGAAAAAGAAACAAAUGAUGAAGAAUAAAAUCAAGUUCAAAGUUGAUUUUCAGGAGGGAAGUGAUUGGGACAACAGGCUCAAGGAAAAGAAGGCGAAGGAAAAGAUAAACGAGAAGCCGAUGGCGGUCGGCAUCGGACCUCUUCCGGCUGGCGCUCUCAUGGGUCCCCCAGUGCAGAUGCCGCAUGCCCAGAUGCCGAACGGUGUCGUCACGCCAAUGGCCAUGCCCCAUGCUGUCACUCCCAACGCGGCGGCUGCUUUCAAGAAGGAGCAGCAUCAGCAUCAACUCCAGCAGCAACAACACCACGCCGCCAUGAUGAACGCCGUCGCCGGCAUGCCACCGAGCUCCAUCGCCGAGUUCAUCCAGCGAAACAUGAUGGUCGGACAUCCGGGUCAGAUGGUCGCGUCUCCGGCCGGCGCUGCUAAUGGCGCUCCGCCUCAGAUGGGUCCAGGCCCUCACAUGGCCCUCAAUAUGGCUGGACUCGAUCCAAUGAUGAUCAUGGCUCUGCAACAGCAACAACAUCAACAACAGGUAACAACAAGUUCCUUUUUUGUUUGUUUCUUUUUCAUGUCACGUGAUGGCUCAAGCUAAAGGUGCAUCAAAACUAACUCUGAAAUAUAAAUUGAAGUUAAUAAUUUCAAUUUCAGACGCAAAUAAUGCAUCAGCACGCCGCGGUUCAAGCCAUGAUCGAACAUCAAAACGUGAGUUGACUCAAUUCUCAACAGUUUUCAUUUCUUUCGUUUUCAGAUGGUCAAGCAAAUGGAGAUCCAGCGGAUGUUACAGCAACAGCAGCAGCAGCAAAUUCAACGCGAACGAGAACAGCGUGAACGUGAACAACGGGAACGUGAACGAGAACGUGAACGUGAACAGCGUGAACGGGAGCAGCGCGAAAGGGAGCAGCGUGAAAGAGAGCAGCGUGAACGGGAGCAGCAGGCUCAGCAGCAAGCUCAACAGCAGGCCCAACAACAGGCUCAACAGCAGCAGCAGCAGCAACAACAACGAUUCCUGGCUCAAGCUGGCGUCAACCUCCCGCCGGCUGCUCUCCAACAGCUUCUCAGCGCUGGAGGCUUCAACCCCGCCGAAAUGCAACGCUUUCAAAUGGAGUUUGUCCAGCAGCAACAGCAGCAAGCCGCGGCUGCUGCCGCCGCCGCCGCCGCUGCAGCUGCUGUCCAACAACAGGCUCAAGCUCAACAGCAGCCGAUCACGCCGGAGAUGCAGCAGCACAUGAUCUUCCAGCAUAUGAUGAUGAUGAAUCCGAUGGCGAUGGGCGGCUUGCCACCCAACAUGAAUCCGAUGAUGGCGGCGGCGAUGGGCAUGGCGCCUCCUCCAGCUCAGACUCCUUCUGCAGCCCAACUCGCCUCGCAGGCCACGUCCCAGGCCUUCAACGGCAUCCUCUCUGGCGACAUGAUGCGCCGACUUCAGGCCGAGGCCAGCAUGCGACACAACCAGUGA